UGUUUAAAUGUGAUUACUUUUUUAUUUCUGGCUUUGUAUUUAUUUAUGUUCUCCUUUGCUUGUGUACAAGAUUGUACAUGCAUGCCUAAAUGUUUGCAUUGCCAGUGUGCAUGACUUUGGCGUCUGUCGUGCUUUGUGUAGCACUAUUUAUUGUUUCUUUGUUUCUUCUUUAGGAGAAGACUCCUGUCUGUGGCCCCACUGAGACAGACUGAGAUUGUCCCUGGCUUUUUGGAUUUUACCUUGGACUCUUUUUUUCUUCUUUGCAAAACACCGUGAGCAGGUAUAGAAAGAGAGUCGUGAAAGCUGAAGGAUGAAGAUGUCUAGUGCUCCACAUUUUCAGUUCCUGUGUUGUUGGCUGUGGUGUAUUCGAGAAUCUUUUCUGUGCUGUUGGGUGUAUGCAAUUUCCUGUUGUCAAAGUUAGUGAAUGUUUAUUGUUAAGAUGAGCCCAGUUGCAUCUGAAGAAUACAAAAAAGGCCUGAAACGUGGCUCAGGAGUCAGUCUCUGAAAGAGGGGAGGAAUGUAUCCUACAGCGCAAAAUUCAAACGCAACUCAAGGUCGCCCUUGAUUCAAGGAAUGGUAUCUGCAAGGAUGGUAUCUCUGAGUUGGCUUGUCUUUGCUGCUGUGGGCGGUGUCGCGCGUGCUCUUGAAUCUGCAACGAGAGACACCAGAGCACAUGGCCUGCUUGGAGAGUCUGUACUGCUGGCCGUCAGCUACAACAUCACACCUGGCUCAUCAAUCAAGUGGGUAGUGGAGAAGGCAAACUCUUCCCGCGACAGGCUGGUUGAGGGUAGCCUGGUGACUCCUGAUGUCUACAGUAAUCGGGUGGAAAGGCUGUGGGAAAACGGCUCCCUCUCAUUGACUAACCUGUCGCUGGCAGAUAGCGGCAUCUACACGAUGAUAGUAACUGACGUGCGAGGCAAUCAGAAUAAAAGAGUGAUUAACCUGACAAUCAGCGCGCCUGUGCGAGUGAGCUCGUUCUCCGUCUCUCCUCAUCCUCCCCUUGUGGGGUGCCCCGUCAAUCUCACCUGCGUCCUGUCUGGAGGGGUGAGCCCCCAGGUCUUCUGGCAGAAGAACCAGACCCCCGACUUCAACAGCAGCCAGGCCGUGCUGUCUAUCCCAGCCCUGGAGCCCUCAGCGUGUGGGUGGUACACUUGCUGGGCAUGGGAUAACUACAGUUCCCACCAAGACAGCUACCGCUUGACAGUUCCAAGCUGCGAAAAUGAUUUCAUUUCUGUCGUCAUACCUAUAAUUGUGAUUGCCUUUCUACUUGUUGUGCUGGGGUUUCUAAUCAAGAAGUGUUGUCACUUAAAACAUCAUAGCAAGAUCUCAGAAUGCAAGAGGAGAACGGAUCCUACACCUAUGCAGGCUCCAUCCCCGCUGAGUGACACGGUCACAGAUGUCCACUAUGCUGAGCUGAGUUUUCAGGCCCGUGGAAGGAAGCCUCCUGCCUCCAGCUUGCGCACGCCUGCUGACUCCUGCGUUAUCUACUCUGAGGCCAGGGUGUGAGCCCAGCCCAGACAGAACUGCCAAUCUCUGCCUUGGUCUGUGUACACUAGACUGUUCUGCUACUCAUGAUGAAGGAAGACCUGGACUCCACAUCUGUUCUUCAAGAAUUUGGGAUGUUUUUUCUAUUUUUUGUGGAAUUCCUGAUUUAUUUUUAGCAUCAUUAAUGUGUUUUCAGCAGUCUCCAUUUGUACCAUUUAGUGGUCAUUUCACAGUAGAAUUACUGUCAAAUGUCUUAGCUCUAGUGAUUCUUUUUAUUACCUGUACUUAAGACAGCGAAAUAAAAAAUGCAAAACUA